AACUUCAUUCGCUCUCUGCAAAUUCUCGCUCUCUCUCUCUCUCUCUCUCUCUCUCUCUCUCUCUCCAAUUUGCGUAAAAGGCUUCGAAGGAUCAUCAAUGGCGGGCGGUUCUUUCGUUUCUUCCGACGGUAAUAAGGUUUAUCCCGGCAAAUUGACGGUAUAUGUGAUCUUCACAUGUAUCAUUGCCGCCACCGGUGGUCUGAUCUUCGGCUAUGAUAUUGGUAUUUCCGGUGGAGUGACGUCGAUGGAGCCGUUUCUACGGAAGUUUUUUCCGUCGGUUUACCGGAAGAUGAAGGAAGAUAAAUCGAAGAACCAGUACUGUACAUUUGACAGCGUUAAAUUGACGCUUUUCACUUCGUCUCUGUAUCUUGCGGCGUUGAUAGCUUCCAUCGUAGCGUCGUGGGUGACGAGGAAGCUCGGAAGAAAGAUAUCGAUGCUGGUGGGUGGUGCUGUCUUUCUUGCCGGAGCGGUCAUCAAUGGCGCUGCGAAGGAUGUUGCGAUGCUGAUCAUCGGUCGGAUUCUACUCGGUAUUGGUGUUGGUUUUGCUAAUCAGUCUGUUCCAGUCUACCUCUCCGAAAUGGCUCCAGCCAGCUACCGUGGUUCCCUCAACAUGUGCUUCCAGCUAAUGAUCACCAUCGGCAUCCUCGCGGCCAAUCUUAUUAAUUAUGGAACGGACAAGAUCAAAGGAGGCUGGGGUUGGCGGGUCAGCUUGGGUGGUGCUGGUAUUCCUGCCUUAAUCAUCACCCUUGGCUCUUUAGUCCUUCCCGACACCCCCAAUUCCCUCAUCGAUCGGUUCCCAGACAACCCAGAUAAGGCCCGCUCGAUGCUCCGACGCAUUCGUGGUACCGAUGAUAUCGACGAGGAGUACAAGGACCUUCUGGCAGCCAGUGUUGAGUCAAGGAACGUCCAGCACCCCUGGCGCAACAUCCUGUUGAGGAAGUAUCGCGCCCAAUUGGUAAUGGCGAUCGCAAUUCCUUUCUUCCAGCAAUUGACGGGUAUCAACGUCAUCAUGUUCUACGCCCCUGUUCUUUUCAAGACGAUUGGGUUCGGCAAUAAUGCGUCGUUGAUUUCUGCGGUCAUCACUGGCGGUGUCAAUGUCGCUGCGACAUUUGUUUCUAUCUAUUCAGUAGAUAAGCUUGGCAGAAGGGUUCUCUUCCUUGAGGGUGGAGUUCAGAUGCUCAUUUGCCAGAUCGCUGUUGGGACACUUAUUGCCAUUAAGUUCGGUGUCUCAGGGGUGGCUGAUAUCUCCAAGGGGUAUGCCAAUUUGGUGGUCUUCUUCAUUUGUCUCUAUGUAGCUGGGUUUGCGUGGUCAUGGGGCCCACUAGGCUGGCUGGUACCCAGUGAGAUCUUCCCCCUUGAAAUCCGAUCAGCGGGCCAGAGUAUCAACGUUUGUGUGAACAUGUUCUUCACGUUUCUCAUUGCCCAAAUCUUCCUAACCAUGCUUUGCCACAUGAAAUUCGGACUCUUCUACUUCUUCGGCUUUUGGGUGUUUGUCAUGACCAUCUUCAUUUACAUGUUCCUCCCCGAAACCAAGAACAAGCCCAUUGAAGAGGUGGUCCUAGUUUGGAAGAAACAUUGGUUCUGGUCCAGGUUCAUUGCCGAUGAGGACAUCCCUCAAGGGCUUGAGAUGAGGGACGCAGACCCUAAGAAGUUAGCCGUCUGAUGGAGGACACAAAAAGACGAAAUCUGGCCCUUUAUUUUCUUGCUUUCUCUGAUUCGUGACUCUUUUGAUUUAAGAACAGAACUCUUUAACAUUGGCUCUUUUUUUUUUUUUUUUUUUCCAAAUUGGGCUCUGGUUUAUAGGAGAAUUCCUGUAUAUAUUAUAUGGGGAAGGAACUUCUUGUUUUGGAAGUUGGGAGUAAGAAGGGGAAAGUAUGGUUAUUGGUUGAUAAUGACUUUUAUAUAUUGUGUUGGGUCGCUGCAUAAGAUGUUGUUAAUCAAUCCAUUUUCUAGGGCUGUGAAAUGAUGGAUGGCUUGGAAUACAUGUGCCUGUUUUCAA